AUGGGUGGUGUCACCGUUCGCGAUGUGGACGUAAGUUUGCUCCAUUCAGUACCCUGCAGUCUGCGACACCUGUUUCUCUCUUGGCGGAGAGGCCGCAAUGGAUCAUUGGCAAUGGGAAGAGGAGGAAUUUAUUUGAUAGACGGGAUAUGGAUGCUACGGAAGGGACAUUCCUGGAUAUCCAGUCUGUCGCCUGUUCGCGCAUAUGGGAAAUCACAUCAAAAUCUGCAAAUUGAGGAUGUCGAAAUUUUGACGGCGCAGAAGUUCAUCGCUGCCUACUCUGCUUUCCUGAAGCGUCAGGGCAAGCUCCCCAUCCCUGGAUGGGUUGACACUGUCAAGACUUCCUGCUCCAACGAGCUCCCUCCCCAGGACUCCGACUGGUACUACGUCCGCGCCGCUGCCGUUGCCCGUCACAUCUACAUGCGCAAGACCGUCGGUGUCGGCCGCCUGCGCAAGGUCCACGGCUCGACCAAGAACCGUGGCUCCCGCCCCAACCACCACGUCGAUGCCUCUGGCUCCGUCGACCGCAAGAUCAUCCAGUCUCUCGAGAAGAUCGGUGUCCUUGAGUACGAUGAGGAGAAGGGUGGUCGCCGCAUUACCCAGGCCGGCCAGCGGGAUCUUGACCGGAUUGCCAAGACCACCGUUGACGAGGAGGAGGACGAGGAGUAA